AUGCAGUCCACAACACUGGCGUACGUUGUCCCAGUUUCUUUAAGACCUUGAAAAACCCAAAUAAUCUAGUGCGCAGAACCAGACAGCUGCAGAAUUCCUUCGCAGGCGUCGUCGUCUAAAUGUAGAGACACACUCUGCUGCAGCGUGACACCUGUCUUUUAAAUUCAUCUUCAGAAACGUCAACAACAACAAUGAGAAAAGAGCUACUGAGUUGCAAGUUGUGAAAGCGACUGACCAGCCUCCUGCGAACAAACAAGAAAUGUGCGCAAGGAUCUGCAGGGCACAGUGGCGACUGAUCACAUCGUAGAUUUGUAAACAAGAGGUCCUUUUAAACACGAAGUGAGGUUUACUGGAUGAGUGACCGAGUCUCUGACCGCCUUGUGUGAUCUGUGAAGGGCACACAUGGCCCACAGUGUGACCGACCAUCAGCGCCCUCUUCCCGUGUCCGAGGCCACCGUGCUGGCUAUGCCCUCCUCCAAUCAAGCACAGGACCUGAGGCCCAGAUGGACGGCUGUCGACUCCCUGCUGUGCGGGGCAUUCGCUGGAGCUGUUGCCAAAACAGUCAUUGCACCUCUGGAUCGGACCAAGAUCAUUUUCCAAGUGUCCUCCAACAGAUUCUCAGCUAAGGAGGCGUUCAGGUUCAUCUACUGCUCCUACAUGAAGGACGGGCUGCUAAGCCUGUGGAGGGGGAACUCUGCCACCAUAGUCAGGGUCAUGCCCUACGCUGCCAUACAGUUCACCUCACACGACCAGUACAAAAAACUACUGGGGAGCUACUACGGCUACCAGGGCAAAGCUCUGCCUCCUUUCACACGCUUCCUGGCUGGCUCUCUGGCCGGCACCACUGCUGUGAUGCUUACCUACCCUUUAGACAUGGUGCGAGCCAGGAUGGCAGUCACAGCCCGAGAAAUGUACAGCAACAUCAUGCACGUCUUUAUGCGGAUCUCCCAAGAGGAGGGUAUCAGGACCCUUUACCGAGGCUUCACUCCCACUAUCAUGGGUGUCAUUCCAUAUGCAGGGAUCACAUUCUACACCUACGAGACCCUCAAGAAGCUACACACAGAAAAAACCAAGCGACCGCAGCCAUACCCCCAUGAGCGCCUGGCUUUUGGUGCCUGCGCAGGCCUCAUUGGUCAAUCUGCCUCGUACCCACUGGAUGUGGUGCGUCGGCGCAUGCAGACAGCCGGCGUCACCGGCUCAUCGUACGCCACAGUCAUGGGGACCAUGCGUGAGAUUGUAACCCAGGAAGGAUUUGUACGUGGACUAUAUAAAGGCCUGAGCAUGAACUGGCUUAAAGGGCCCAUUGCUGUUGGGAUUAGCCUCUCCACAUUUGACAUCACGCACAACCUACUGCUCAAAAUGCACCAGAUAGGCUUCUCUGCACACUGAAUCAUUUCAAACAAGGAAGAAGAAAAAUAUAUGGUAUUAAUACGUUUGUGCACUCAGUCAGAGCUAGGCCUGCUGCACACUCCUGUUACCUUCACACAGUGUCAGAGGAGGGGGAGAGUGGACAGGAGAUGCACAUAGGAACAUAGUUUCUCACACUCUGGUAAACGCACGGUAAGGAUUCACUGACAGAGCGUGAGGAGGCAAAACGAAUUGUCUUUAAUUGUUAUUGAACACACGUUGCCAUCAUUGUGGCUCAAGUGAUUAACACUGGAACAGUAGACAAAGAAACGGUUUGUUCUUGGAGGUUAUGGAGCACUUGGUUGUGUAGUGUUUAUAAGAUAUUGCUUGCACUUUAUUCCACUUACAAUGUUCUUUCAAAGUAAUCCGACAUUAUCAACAGAGGGGACUUGUUUUUAACGAGUUUCAUUGCUUUUAAUUUGAGGGGAAAUUUUAUAUGUAUUUGAAUCACACUGCUUUGUUUUUCUUUGAUUGUUUAAUUUGUCUAAUCAUGCAGGGGGUAUGAUUUUUAAUGAAAGGGGCGAUGAUGCAAUAUGUUUUUCUUUAAAGUUCUAUUUUAUGAUGGUGUAUCUGUGGUUUGAAUUGAAAUUGAGAAAGCGGAUGAAAGUUGGUGAUCAUGUCAGCAGGACUGCACAGUUUCACUGUCCAUCCACCUCUGAGGAGAUGUGGUGUAUUAUUAAAAGUAGUGGUGGCUAAUCAUAUAGAUGAUAAAUAAAUAUAUACAUAUAACAGAUUUGUAUGUGAUUAAUAUAAAGAGGUCAGUUGUGUACUGUGUCCAUGUUGUUGUGCUUUGGCUUGACUGUAAAGCGUUGCUUGCCUACAAAAUCUAAAUAUGCCAAAGCACUGAACGAUGGCAUGCAUUUAAUGUGAAUAAGGAGUUCAUUUGCUUUCACUGCUAAUGUACAUUUCAAAGAGACAGUAUUUCCAAAGAUGUACGUUUACAGGCUCUGACUCUAACUGACCCUUCAAUAAAGUAUCCAUCCACAA